UUCUCGCCGGGUGAGCCCGUCACCGAGGAGAAAAACGACAAUGGCCGACUUUUAAUAUAACAUGGCAAGGAAUAACAAGGCUGACAGAAUUGGGGAACAACAUGGAAUAAAGCCUCCAGCUGGUUCACUCACAUGUUCCGGAAACAGAAAGCUUUUAUACAACUUUUUUUUUUCUUCACGCCAACUUUAGAGAAGUUUAGAAGAAGAAGUGAGAGGAUUGUUUUUUAAAUUUGGGUAGAAACAUGGCUCUGUCUCAGAUACAGUGCCUGGACGAUAACAACGUGAACCCUCGGACGCACGAGUCCAAGCCGGAGUUCUUCUACUGCGAGGACCAGCGGCUCGCGCUCGAGACGCUGCUGCGGGAUGGCCGCGAGACGUUCUUCAAGUACCUGGAGGCGCGCGGCGUGAGGGGCUUCCUGUCCGACCUGGAGCUGGAGGCUCUCAGCGCGGCGAUGGAGCCCUACGACCCGGGGAAGGACCUGUUCCCGGAGAACGUGGAGGGGGAGCCGACGCCGCUGUCGCAGCACUACUGGCCGGACCUGUCGGACACGUCCAUCCCGGAGAUGGACCUGGGCUGGCCGGACAGCGAGGGGUACCGGGGGGUGACCCGCACCACCGUGUACACGCAGCCCCCGCUGGACGGGCAGGCUCACAUCAAGGAGGUGGUCCGGAAGAUGAUCGCACAGGCACAAAGGGUAAUAGGAGUCGUCAUGGACAUCUUCACCGAUGUUGACAUCUUCAGGGACUUAAUAGACAUUGGCUUCAAGAAGAGGGUUUCAGUCUACAUCCUGCUUGAACGCACAAACCUACCUCAUUUCCUGUCCAUGUGUCGGAGGGCUAACAUGCACUCAGGACACCUCAAGCAUCUCCGUGUACGCUGCACAGAAGGAGCAGAGUUCCACACUCGGUCCUGCACCAAGGUCAGAGGGCGAAUGGGACACCGGUUCAUGUUCGUGGAUGGAGACAAAGCUGUGUCUGGGUCGUACAGUUUCACCUGGAUGUCCUCUCGGCUGGAUAGAAACCUCAUCACCGUGACCACAGGCCAGGCCGUGGAAGGCUUCGAUCGGCUGUUUCGCUACCUCUACGCCAACUCUAGCUCUGUCGACCUCCGACAGGUUGUCAUGGAGCCUGAGCCCGAGCCGGAAGUUCUACCGCAGCCGGUCACCGUGGUGCUCCCUUCUGCUGCCGUCGCAAGAAAAAUGUACAAUCCAAAAUAUGCCCUGGUUGCUGCCUCCAACCCCAGCCCCACCACCUCCGUUGGCCACGAGAGCCCCAAAGAGCCCGAAACGCCGGAGAACCCCAAGAAAAAGAGGCGUGUGAAGGCUAGUGAAGAGGACGCUCUUCCCCUUCAUCCUGGACUAGUCAAUCUAGAAAAAGCAUACUUGAUCCCGUACCUGCCCACCUGGCCGGAGCCUGACCCCCCCAGCGAUGUAAUAGGGUUCAUUAACAUCCGGGAUGCCAACAAACCGGCUCAGGUCCAUCUGCAGCGCUCAGAGAUGUUUGAAACCAGCCAGGCUAUCCGGUUUAGCUCUCCCUUUAGCAAGCCAGCCGAAGCAUUACCAGAGGUCUGCAAACCAAGACAGCUGACUGUUACAGCCGAGGAGAUGAAUAAACCCCAGCCUGCGCUGAACGAACGCAUAACUGCAGCGUUGGAAAUAAACAAAACUAAAGCUAAAGAGUUUACAGCAGACAAAGUGCUGCCAGCACACGUCAGUGAGAAUUAUCCCAAGAGUAAAGAAAAAGCACCAGAACAGAUUCUUCCUGCUUCUGUGCCAAAGUUUCAGGACUUAGGCAAAGACACCAUUAAGGCCCUCAACACUGACAACAAACUGUAUGGAACAAACACAGCCGCUAACAGAGUCUCUGGCAGUGAGACACCUUAUAUGAGCCUCAGAUCAGGCAGCAAAACACCCAUUCCUAGCAAGGGGACCUCUUCCCAGUUAGCAGAAACUCUCUCCAGAAACAGCCUAAAGUCAAACUCGCUCCGAAGAUCAGACGCCACCAAGGAAGCCGACGCUGUGUCUAGUUUAAACACAGAAGGUGUUGCUGUGUACCGGCCACAUACCCUGGAGUCAAACAGCACGCAAACCCCUCAACUACCUGCUUCCUCCAGCUCAAACUCAAUAACAAAAGUAGAAACAACGCAAAACACUGUGGCAUCGCUUACAGAUUCACACACACAGGCUGCUCGGAUGAAACCAGAAAGUGUUUCCAUCUCCUCCGCAGCUGUAAAUUCCCCCUCCGUUCCACAAAAUAAUCCGACUUCCAUCACUACGAUGCACUCAAACACAACUGCCGGUGCUUCUGUUCUCAAUAAUAGAGCCUCCGUUCCCCUUGGUACCCAGUUUUCAGCAGCACAAAACCCUUCCCGCUCAUCCUCUACAUCCUCUUCUUUGACCUCACCGCUUCCCGUCCCCAAACCUCAAACUGUCCAGCUUCUUGCCGGUGACGACAGCAGCGAUAGCCAGGCGUGCCUGGUCAAGAAGCCUGAGACAAGCUCAGAGCCACAAGUGAUCCACAACGAGCCCCCUGUACAAACUGCAGUCCCGUCAUCUCCACUGAAAGGGCCUGACGGUAAAGCAGGCACACAAACACACAGCGAGCACUCAAGAACUACCAAAGAAACUGCACACCCCAGAGAGAGUCUGACGUCCAAAGAAACAAAGAUUAAAGAAGCAGAUGGACGACUUGACGGCAAAGUAAGAUCACCCUCAUUUACUGGAAACAAACUGCAAACCCAGACAAAUAUUUUGAUUACUGAUUCAUCAAAUGCGAUUGCCAGUGCGAAUUUUCAUCAAGCUGUAUCUAACAAAGUUAAUGCCAAGACUUUAAUAUCGACAGAUAACAAGAUAACCUUAAAGAGGGACUCUGUAUCUGCAGGACAGGAAAACACAAACAUCCCAGAAAAGAAUCUAUCAAUCCUUGAAUUUGAUCAAAUGCCAAAUGUGAAAGAAAAAAAUGGCACAAAGUCUAAAACAUACCUUGUGAGACAGAAUGACCCUCAGAAAAUAUCAUAUAAUAGGUUGACUCCUCAGGAUAUAGGCAUAUUUGAUCAUGCUGCCUCUUCAAAAGACCUUAUACACUCUCCUGUUUCUCUCUCACAGAGCCCAUACCAUUCUAAAGACAGUGCUGGCAGGAGUCCACUCAAAUUCCCCGCAGAUACACUCAUUGAGCAAGGGAAACAAGCAGUAUUCACACCAGCGCACAGUCAGGAGACAUCGCCACAAGACACACAAAGCAACUUUCAAGAAUUGAUUUCCAAAGCGCAGGGAAAUGUACAAGCCCCAGAUAAAACCCUGCGAUUACAGCCGACUGACACAGGCUCGCCGGGGCUGAACGCACAAUCCCCUGACCGAGAUUCGCGGCCAAUCCUGUCUCCGGUACGAACUCCUACUCCAGAUAGAUUAUCUCCACACGUAGCUCCACCUGAUUCAACGCCCAUGCCAGACCUGCGAUCGCACACGCCAGGUUUUCGAACGCCCACAUCUGACGUUAGUGACGGAUAUGUCUCAUCAAGGGAUGAUUCGAACCUGUCCACCACCUCUGAAGAGUAUUACGAAUGUAGUGACUCUCCUUUCCACGAACCCGUUUUUGAACACAUGUUUUCCAGCAGCAGUUCUACAAACCAGAAUCACAGCUCUGUUUCUGCUGCGUUAGGCACGACAGGCAGGGGUAGUUUUUGGAGUGAAACGCAGACGUUUGCCGAGCCUGAUAGAGGCUCUGCUUCCUCUGUGAUUGAUAUGAGAGCGAAGAGGAGGCAGACAGAGGAUGAAGACAAUGAGAGAGGAAAGGAAGAAAAGGUGAGGAAAGCGAGUGUGGUUAGGAAGACAGAGCGGGAGUCCCAGGAGACUGACGGGAGACAUGGUGACGAGGCUGACAGCAUGGCGGACCAGCUUAGCAAAGAUAGAAAUUCCACAGAAACAGCAGAAACAGCUAAAGACGCCCAUAGUCCAAAGAAAAGAGGGACUAUCAACCAAUCAGCCACAGGUAGACGAGUGGCUCCGGGAGAAUCGACCACUGAAGGAGCAGGCCGGACACGACUUUCCAUUGGUGACCCUAAACCAGUGCGGGUUCCCUCUCAGGCAGAGAGACCAGCCAAAGUGCCCACAGGAAGGGAGAAGGUAUCGAACCAGGAGGGACUCAGGUCCAGUGCUGUAGAGAGAAGAGAGAAGCCCCAGUCGAGCAGAGAGACUGAGGAACAGAAGAGGGCUCAGCAGCAUGACGUGGCGUCUCCCUCCUCCCGACCGCCCAGACCUCCCCGGCCUCCCUCAGGAAACCAAUUGGUCGCUCGCCCUUGGGUCAACCGUCCACUGAACCAGACAGAAAGCAAGGUGCUUGAAGUUUUGGAGUUUCGUAAAGUACCGACCAGACCGCCACCUCCAGCAGCAGCAGCAGCAGCGGCGGUCCCAGCUGGGCAGAAGCAGGUCUCCCAGAACCAGCAGCAAGGCGGUGCCUCCCGGCAGCCUCCGGCAGCGCAGGGAAGGACAAGAGCCGGACCAACGCAGAGCCAAACGUCCCACCAGAAACCACAAUCCUUUCUGCACACGCAAGCCAACCUGCAGUCCCAGCCGCUGCCUCACACCCAGAGCCAGGUGGCGUCUGCAGCCGACGCUCCUGGACAGGACGAGGGGAAGGGUCCUUUCGGCUUCUCUUUCAGCAAGCUGUACAACCUGAGGGGGAUGAGAACGAACAAGGCACCGGCGCAGGCCAAGAGCGGCGGCUCCAGAUCUCCUGCAGAGCCACGAAAGAGCACCAGUUAGUGACGCCGUCGUCCGCUUGCAUGUUACUGUAACGUGUCAGGUAAGAGAAACUCCUGGAUGCGGGGUUCCUCUCUGAACUGUCGUACUGAUUAGAGUUAAUAUUUUUAUACGGAGCUAAAGCUUACCUCAGUGUUUACUCUGCUGACGUGCGUUUCUACUUUCUUGUCGGGUAUUUUAUUCACUCAGGGGUGUUGCAGUGUGAACAUGACAACGGGAUCAUUAAUCUGUGAUGAGGUUUUGUUGGAAUAUCUGGGUUUUAAAAAAGAACUGUGCAUGAAAGGAAUUGGUUGUUCGUUUUUUUUUUUGUGGAAAUGUACAGACACUGCACUCACAUGCUGUGUGAUAGUUUUUAUUUUUAAAAAUGUCACUUUACUGUUAGCAGACAGAUCAGUAUUUGCUCUCAUUGCUGACAGUUAGUUCUUUUCCAUGUGUAUGUUUCACCUACAUUCUGAAUGUUUUCUCUUAUGUAACUGUACUUUAAAAAAAAGCUUUAUGAUAAAA